UAUGCAACCACGUGUUAGGCAAUCACAGAACAGGUCAACUCCAAAUAUAUGAGGAAACUGCUAAACAGACACAGUCACUGUGGACUCACUGAGAAAAUGGAAGCGUAUUUAAUCCUAAUAAGCGUCCUCUCUAUUAGUAGUCUCUCCUCAAGCCAAGAAUGUCAUCGGGAAUUGUUGGAGAAUGUUGACUUUCCGGGGACGGACAUCAAAUUUGUGUACUCUCCUGAUGCGCAGCACUGUCAGCAUUUGUGCACACAACACCCGUCUUGUCUCUUCUUUACAUAUAUAUGUGCUGACUGGACCAGUGAUAACAGGCAUUUUUACUGCUACCUUAAGUCUACGCCAUCUGGACAGCCCAAAGUUCAGACCCCUCUCCUUGGUGUCACCUCCGGGUAUUCUCUCAAACCCUGCGGCCCUGACCCACAGCCUUGUCUGUCUCGCGUGUACCCGAAUGUGGACUUUCCGGGGGCAGACUAUCGGGUCUUAUUCACAGCUGACUAUGAGGAGUGUCAGCGAGUGUGCACUGAAGACCCCUUCUGCCAGUUUUUUACAUUUGUCAAUGACGUCUUCACACCUGCAAAGAUCAGGUAUAAAUGCCACCUGAAAUUCAGCUGGCCUUUACCACGGACCUCAAACGUAAACAGGAAGACUGGUUUGGUCUCUGGUUUCUCGCACAGCACGAAACUCACUCAGUACUCCGACACAGCAUGUUCCGUGAAGCUUUUUCCGAGCACCGACAUCCCGGGAAGCAACAUAGAGUCACAAUCUGCCGGCACGCCAGAGCAUUGUCUGGCAUUGUGCUCCGCUCAUCCACGCUGUACCUACUUCUCUUUCGAGAGCAAAGCCCUCACCUGUCACCUGAAGAGCAAUCCCAAUGAACUAGUGUUGAAGGCCAAAGAAGAUGUAACAUCUGGGAUAGCAACACACUUCUGCCAACAAAAUACCGACUGGGCAAAGACAGCUCUUGACGGGGUCAAUUUCCAUGGUUCAGACAUGCUGUUUGAGUUAGUGGACGACGAAAUUAUCUGCCAGAAGACAUGUUCUAUUGAUCAAAAUUGUCAGUUCUACACUUAUGUCAAUGAGAACUUUGAGGAUUCAGAUAUCUGGCGUCACUGCUAUCUCAAGCGCGUCACCACCAUGCCAGCUCCUCCCAAAGUUACCAAACUGGCCAAUGUGGUGUCUGGGUUCACUAAGAGAAACUGCAUUUAGACGACCAUCUUCCUGACUAAUCAUCUUCUUGUCAAAUGCAUCUAUGGAACAAAUGAAACAACUAUAAAUAAACAUUUUUUUAAAUUAAA